AUGCCGGUUGUGUAUUUGAAUAAUCCCAAAGAUAGGCACAUUGAGAUAGCUGCUAAAAUGGUUGAUUUAAAUGUGGUUAUUGAGCGGGACAUUGAUGGGUAUGGUAAAGCUGAUAAAACUGAAGAAGGUGAAAAUCUCUUUAAUGAGCUCAUCUCUAAGAAAGUAUCACUAAAUUCUGUUAUUUAUAAUACACUAAUUGGAGCAUACUGUAAAAAUGGAAAUAUGACAACAACUUUCAGACUUCUUAAUGACAUGAGAAGCAGGGGCACCCCACCUACUUUGGUUUCAUAUUCUUCUCUAGUACAUGGAAUGUGCAAUGUUGGCCUUGUUGAAGAUGCAAAAAGUCUUUUUGGUGAAAUGAGAAAGGAAGGUUUGUUGCCAAAUGUUGUCUGUUACACUGCACUUAUAGGUGGUUAUUCUAAACUGGGUUAG